UAUCCUCCCGUGGCAAUCCCCCAGUGCUUCGGUAUUUUAUCCUACGUUCCGAGGAAGCCCGGAACGGAAGGCUUUCGGACCGCCAAGAGGAUGCACCAAGAGAAGGAAGAGAUGAAGGAGACUGACGGGAGCCUCCUGGGAGACCCCAGCCAGACGCCUCUGGGCAAGAAGGAGAAUGCCAAGUGGCAGAAGCCGAGGCUCACCCGGAAGGCCCUGAGGAAAUGCUGCCUGGUCAAAUGGAUCCUGUCCAGUGCGGUCCCCCAGGGAUCAGACAGCAGUGACGGCGAGCUGGAGCUCUCGACCUUGCGGCACCAGCCGGAGGGCCUGGACCAGCUGCAGGCCCAGACCAAGUUCACCAAGAAGGAACUGCAGUCACUGUACCGAGGCUUCAAGAACGAAUGCCCUACCGGCCUGGUAGACGAAGAAACCUUCAAGCUCAUCUACUCCCAGUUCUUCCCUCAGGGAGACGCCACCAUGUACGCCCAUUUCCUCUUCAACGCCUUUGACGCAGACGGCAACGGGGCCAUUCACUUCGAGGACUUUGUGGUCGGCCUCUCCGUCCUGCUGCGCGGCACAGUCCAUGAGAAGUUGAAAUGGGCCUUCAAUCUGUACGACAUUAACAAGGACGGAUACAUCACGAAGGAGGAGAUGCUGGCUAUCAUGAAGUCCAUUUACGACAUGAUGGGUCGCCACACUUUCCCCAUUCUGAGGGAUGAUGCCCCCCUGGAGCACGUGGAGAAGUUCUUCCAGAAAAUGGACCGGAAUCAGGAUGGAGUGGUUACAAUGGAGGAGUUUCUGGAGACUUGUCAAAAGGACGAGAACAUCAUGAGCUCAAUGCAGCUGUUCGAGAACGUGAUCUAGAGGCGCCGCGGCCCAACCUUCCCGGGGCUCCGUCGAAAUGGCUGCGCUGCCGCCGGCCACCGCCACCACCAGAAACAGUUUUUAUAGAUUUCAAGGAAAAACAAAACUGUUCAAAAAGUUUGCUCCAGACGCACACGUCCGGGGGACCGCUGGGGAUGGAAAGGGCGAGCCAGAGACUAAGUGACUGAGACAGACCGAAAGGGAGAGGAUGUGGGAUGGGGUUUGUCGGAGGAGGAGGAGGUGGGAAAGAUCUCUCCCUCAUGGUCGGUGGACAGUAAGUCACACCGGUCCACUGCACAACAGAAGUUCUGGUCUUGGGGUCAAAUGGGCAAAGAUCUGGAAUACUCGGGGUUUCUUCUGGUGUCGGCCGGGUGUGUCCAUUGGGGAACUGGGCCCCCGCCUAGGACAGUUCUCUGGCUGACCAAAGGGACAAUAUGACCUCCAGAAGAGACUGACCCUUCCUCUCCCAGAGUACAGCUAGGCAGGGGUGUGAUCUCCAGGCUCUGAGGGGCAGGGCUCAGAGGGGCGGAGACCCCUGGGCCCUCCCAGCCCUGAAAGCUUCUCAUUUCUCUUCCAGAUUCCCCAUCGCCGCCUCUUUCCGUUCAUCUUGUCUUCCUGUCCCGUGAUUCCACAUGGGGUGGGAGUCUGGCCGAUCCUCGGAAGCAUCUGGCCAAGGGCCCCGGAAGGUGCAGGGCCCAGACUUCCGGCCCUGGAGCUGAUUCCCUGGGAAAUGGGCUGGACACCACUGAGACACCCUAUCUGGCCCGUGGGGAGUCGAAUCAUUCAAGAGUCCAGGCGGCAUGAACACCUGCACCUGGAGAGGAGGGGG